UGUAGUCCCUCAACAGUCGGUACCCGACAACUAGAUAUUAAAUUUUUUGCUGCAGCGUUAUAGAAAUAGUCAAUUUUUAAAAUGGCUGGCGGAAAAGCAGGAAAAGACUCCGGAAAGACCAAGACGAAAGCGAUUUCGCGCUCGCAGAGAGCCGGGCUUCAGUUUCCCGUGGGUCGUAUCCACAGACACCUUAAAUCCAGAACCACGAGCCACGGCAGAGUGGGAGCCACCGCAGCGGUGUACAGCGCGGCUAUUCUUGAAUACCUGACUGCCGAGGUCCUGGAGUUGGCAGGAAACGCUUCAAAGGAUCUGAAAGUGAAGCGUAUCACCCCCCGCCAUCUGCAGCUGGCCAUCAGAGGAGAUGAAGAGCUCGAUUCACUCAUCAAGGCCACUAUUGCUGGAGGAGGUGUGAUCCCACACAUCCACAAGUCUCUGAUUGGAAAGAAGGGCCAGCAGAAGACCGUAUAACCUGAAGUGCUCUGCAGUCUGCAUCAAGCGGUUACAUGUCUUAGAGUAGAACACCUUUUAGGAAACGUUUGUUUGUAUGGUUGAGCUUGCAUUUACUCACCUGGGGUAUUUUUUAAAAGUGGCUUCAGAGAAGCUCAUUUUUGUGUUUUUGGGUUCUUUUUUUUUCUGGUGCUGCAGUUUGUGUUGAACUUGCUUUUGUGGCGUUCCCAUGUUUAAAGUGAUGUUUUAAUAAAGCUCUUAUUGGGCA